AAAAUACAUAUAUAGCCUAGAACAAACCAUUUCUCACAAGGAGGACCAAACCAAAUUACCAUCAUCUAUCUCAAUGCUCUUGUGGACCACUACUACCCCCAUUUCCAUACUAAAUGCAGUCAUGAAAUUUUUAAAAAUUUAAGAUGACGCUCUUGUGAUAAACUUGAAUUAGUUAUCAACCAGCUCAACAUAGAAACGAAACGUAGCAUUAUCCAACAAACAUUCACAGUUAUAAAAGAGGAAGUGGUGAGUUAUAUAAUCAUGUCAACAAAGUUUUUCUCUCUGAGCUCUCUCAUGGAGAAAAAAAGGAAGCCUCAACCUCAAGAAAGCAGAGAUGAGUUAGCCCUUGUAAAAGCAGCUGCAUGGGCAUGGUACCAACAUGGUUCAAGAUCUGAAAGAAAAAAGUCUUCGAAUGAAUUUGAUGUUACAAGAACUCAACGUUCACCGAGGCCUUCUCGAUACAAGUUAGAAGCAAUGAGAAUGGCCGAGGUAACUGAUCUUACGUGCAACGGACUUGAGGUUGGAACAAUAGCAAACAACAAAUCUCUACUUGACACGUACGAAGUACAAAGCAUUUCUAGGCAAUUUGAUAGCCUUAUUGACUCAAGUAACAAACAACAUAUGGAUGGCAAUUGUGCAAAGAAUGAUGAUGGUAAUAGAAGGAUCAAUAAUAAGAAAAGGUUUAUCAACUUCAAAGGGUUUUGGUCAAGAAAUGUUGUUGUUUGUGGUGGUGGGAAUGAUGUAGUGCAUGGAAGUGCUUUAAGGGGUGAUCAGUUGUCUGUGAAGCAUAGGUGUACCUCUAGUUAAGUAGUACCUAGCAAGGAAGAAUCGAAUUAGUUCUCACAUUCUAAUUAUAUGUUUACCAACAAUUGUUUUUGUACAAGAUUAGUGUUAACUGUGGAAUGAUUUAGAAAUUUAAUUUGGCCAUUUAAGGGUAAACAUGUCUACAUUGAUAUAUACCCUUAAGUCUCGUUGGAAUUCUUGCAUUGAAUUUAAUAUUUUAGCUUUUAAUUAAA